AUGCCUGUUAUGAAAGGAUUACUAGCACCUCAGAACACCUUCUUAGAUACUAUAGCGACUAGAUUCGACGGAACACACAGCAACUUCAUUCUUGCAAAUGCUCAGGUGGCCAAAGGAUUCCCUAUAGUUUACUGUUCAGAUGGCUUUUGUGAACUUGCUGGAUUUGCACGAACUGAGGUCAUGCAGAAGAGUUGCAGCUGUAAAUUUUUGUAUGGUGCUGAAACAAAUGAACAGACAACACUUGAAAUUGAAAUGUCAUUAGAGGAAAAGAGUGAAUUCAAGGGGGAAAUCAUGUUUUACAAAAAGAAUGGUACAUCAUUCUGGUGCCUACUGGAUAUUGUUCCUAUAAAGAAUGAGAAAGGUGACGUGGUCCUGUUUUUGUCUUCUUUUAAGGACAUUACAGACACGAAAGUAAAGAUUGCACAAGAAGAUAAAAAAGAAGAAAAAUAUAGAAGCAGAGGGAAAGCAGGGUCACAUUUUGAGGCAGCAAGGAGACGGAGUCGGGCUGUCCUUUAUCACAUCUCGGGUCACCUACAAAGGAGAGAAAAGAACAAAUUAAAGCUUAAUAAAAAUGUUUUUGUAGACAAACCAGCAAUUCCUGAAUAUAAAGUUUCAGAUGCAAAAAAAACAAAGUUCAUCAUUUUACAUUUUAGCACUUUUAAAGCUGCCUGGGACUGGCUUAUAUUAUUAGCAACGUUUUAUGUUGCUGUUACUGUACCUUACAAUGUAUCCUUUGUGGACAACGAUGACUUGUCAUCAACCAGAAGCACAACUGUUAGCGAUAUAUCAGUGGAAAUUCUUUUUAUUAUAGAUAUUAUUUUAAAUUUCCGAACAACCUAUGUCAGCAAGUCGGGCCAAGUUAUAUUUAAAGCAAGAUCUAUUUGUAUCCACUAUGUUACAACUUGGUUCGUCAUUGAUUUAAUUGCUGCUCUUCCCUUUGAUCUCCUUUAUGCUUUUAAUGUCACUGUGGUUUCUCUAGUUCAUCUUUUGAAAACCAUCAGAUUAUUACGACUUUUACGUCUUCUUCAGAAGUUGGAUCGCUAUUCCCAGCACAGCACAAUAGUCCUUACUUUACUUAUGUCCAUGUUUGCUCUUCUGGCUCAUUGGAUGGCUUGUAUUUGGUAUGUCAUUGGCAGGAUGGAAAUGGAAGAAAACCCACUCUCCUGGGAUAUAGGUUGGCUACAUGAACUGGGAAAAAGACUGGAAUCCCCUUUCUAUAGCAAUAAUACACAAGGUGGUCCUACCAUCCGAAGUACAUAUAUUGCAUCAUUAUACUUCACACUCAGCAGUCUGACUAGUGUUGGCUUUGGAAAUGUUUCUGCUAACACUGAUGCUGAGAAGAUCUUUUCUAUUUGUAUAAUGCUAAUUGGAGCUUUGAUGCAUGCCUUGGUAUUUGGUAAUGUAACAGCUAUAAUCCAACGAAUGUACUCCAGAUGGUCCCUUUAUCAUACAAGAACCAAGGAUCUGAAGGAUUUUAUACGGGUACAUCACCUUCCACAACAGCUGAAGCAGAGAAUGCUUGAAUAUUUCCAGACCAAUUGGUCAGUCAAUAACGGGAUAGAUUCUCACGAGCUCCUGAAAGAAUUUCCAGUCGAGCUACGUUCAGAUAUAACCAUGCAUUUAAACAAGGAGAUUCUACAACUGUCUCUAUUUGAGAGCGCUAGCCGCGGAUGCCUCAGGUCUUUAUCUCUGCAUAUCAAAACUUCCUUCUGUGCUCCUGGAGAGUACCUACUCCGGCAGGGAGAUGCAUUGCAGGCAAUUUACUUGGUGUGCUCAGGUUCCAUGGAAGUUUUAAAAGACGGAAUGGUUUUGGCUAUACUAGGUAAAGGUGAUUUAAUUGGAGCAAAUCUACCAAUUAAAGAUCAAGUCAUUAAAACCAAUGCAGAUGUCAAGGCACUGACCUACUGCGAUCUUCAGUGUAUCAUCCUCAAAGGCCUUUAUGAAGUUUUGGACUUUUACCCUGAAUAUGCACAUAAGUUUGUAGAAGACAUCCAGCAAGACCUUACAUAUAACCUUAGAGAAGGUCAUGAAAGUGAUAGAAUGUCAAGACUCUCAUGCAAAUCAGCUCUAUCACAGUUGGAACCGAGAGGAAAUGGAAGUGUAAAUAAUAGACUAUGCUCAAUAGUUGAAGACGAUGAUGAAGACACAGGAGAGGAAGAAUCUUCAUCUCCAAUACAUACUCGAAAUACGACAUCUAAAUACAAAAAAUCCUCAAACAGCUCUCUGGGGAUCAAUCGAAAACCAUUCUCUGGGAAUGUUCCAUUUAAAUCUCCAACAAAGUCUUCUAAUCUAUACUCAAGACAGGAUAAUGAAUCUUACCUUAAUAGAAGACUGGAUAAGAAUUUAAUGCUUAAUCUUCCAAAAGUCACAAGCCUUGGACCACCGGAUUUAAGUCCCAGAGUUGUUGAUGGUAUUGAAGAUAAUGGUCUCGAUGAAGGUCAAGCAUUUGAUUUUGAAGCUUAUCAGUUGAGACAACAAGCACGACUAAAUAAAAAUGUUGAAGCAGAUUUCAACCCAGCAAUGCUUUUCAUUACUGCAGAAGAAACAAAACAACAGAUCACCCGACUUAAUCAUGAGGUAAGUACCUUAACCAACGAAGUUUCUCAGUUAAGCAAAGAUAUGAAGAUUGUCAUGAAUAUUUUAGAAAACCUCCUAGCAGUGCAACGACCAGUUGGAUACUAUUCGACAUAUGGCACGGUGCUGGAAGCAAUGGGAACUACAAUAGGUUCCCCAACUGAUCAGAUGCAGACUCGAAUGACAUGGACGACAAAUCAACAGUGCAUGGAAAGACAGGGUGAAAGCCAGGGUACAGUUGUAUCUGACCUGUGGAAUAUUGACUCUGCAAGUGUAGGAAGCAGCCCCAUGAGAAAUGUAUCCAAUGUAGACAAUACAUUAGAAGGCGAAUAUUAUUAUACUUCAGGCCUUGGAUAUUCUCCUUCACAUUACCAAGUUAUUCAGGCAGAGCAUUUGCCAUAUUUAAAGUGCACAUCUCCUCAUUCGGAUACUACAUUAACUCCUCUGCAGUCUAUAUCUGCAACUCUUUCUCCAUCUAUAUGUUCAUCCUCUGACACUUCUCUGCAGCUGGUGCUGCCCAGUAGAUCUGAAGAAGGAUUCAGCCAAGGAGCGAUUAGUUCACUAAGCCUUGAAAACCUUCCAGGAUCCUGGGAUGUAGAAGGGACAACUGUACCGUCGCACGGACAGUCAACAGAGGAUUACCCAAGUGACGUUGUUACAAGUACAAUAGAGUUUAAAGAUGACAAAGCCAUAAAUGUAUAG